AUGCUCGAAGUCGACCUGAAGGAGACAAGGGGCCAAGAUUCUCAGACAGCCUCCACCCAGAAACCAUUCGUCUACCAGUUGAGGUCCUGUUGCACAAAGGAAGACCCAGUGAUACUGGGUUGCCUGGUCAAGGACUACUUCCCAGGGUCAGUGACCGUGACCUGGGACACAGUGCCCCUGGACGGGAGCACCCUGACCUUCCCUAGCAUCCAAAUGGCGAACUCCAGUCUCUACAUCACCACCAGCCAGCUGACUGUCUCGGGUGAGCAGCCCAGGGAGUUCACCUGCAGUGUUUUCCACGCUGAGACCAACCACACCACCACCAAGACCGUCAGCACUGAGUGCAUCAGGAACUUCAGCGACCCCUCGGUGAAGCUCUUCUACUCCUCCUGCAACCCCAGUGGCGACACCCACACCACCAUCCAGCUCCUGUGCCGGAUCUCUGGCUACACCCCAGGGAAAAUCAAGGUCACCUGGCUGGUGGAUGGGCACGAGUCCAAAGAACUCUAUGCACAAUCCGGCCCCGAGAUACAGGAGGGCAACCUGACCUCCACCUACAGUGAAGUCAACAUCACACAGGGCCAGUGGGUGUCCGAAAAAACCUACACCUGCCGGGUCAGCUAUUACGGCUUCAACUUCGACAACCACGCGCGCAGGUGCACAGGUAAGGCCCUCACCGACGCCGACACUCAGACACCGGGGGCUCAGGGAGGAGGGCAGUCAACCUCACACAGGCCCCUCUCGCACACAGCCGAGUCCGAGCCCCGAGGCGUGAGCGCCUACCUGAGCCCGCCCACCCCCCUCGAGCUCUACAUCAACAAGUCGCCCAAGAUCACCUGCCUGGUUGUGGACCUAGCCAGUACGAAGAACUUGACCCUGACCUGGUCGAGGGCAAAUGGGAAACCUGUGCACGAGGACCCCCCCGAGAUCAAGAAGCAGUUCAACGGGACGUUCACCGUCACGUCCACCCUGCCGGUGGAUGUCAUUGACUGGGUUGAAGGCGAGACCUACUACUGCAAAGUGAGCCAUGGCGACCUGCCCACGGAUAUCCAGCGAUCCAUCUCCAAGGAUGUUGGUGAGCAGCAGGCUGAAGGGAUGUGGGUGGGCCUCCUGGGAGAAGCCUGGCUGACCACAUACCUGUCCACAGGCAAGCGUGUGGCCCCCAAGGUCUACGUGUUCUCGCCAGACAGAAAGGAGAUGGAGAAUGAGGAGGAGCUCACCCUCACCUGUCUGAUCCAGAAAUUCUUCCCCAAGGACAUCUCUGUGCGGUGGCUGCAUAACAAGAAACUUAUGCGGGCAGACCAGCACACCACCACACAGCCCCACAGGGCCGACAACAACACCCCCACCUUCUUCGCCUACAGCCGCCUGGCGGUCCCCAGGGCCAACUGGAAGACAGAUGAUGAGUUCACCUGCCAAGUGAUCCACGAGGCACUGCCCAAGACUAGGACCCUGGAGAAAUCGGUGGUCAUUAACAGCGGGCUGGCCCUCGAGGACCUGUGUGUGGAGGAGGCCGAGAGCGAGGAGCUGGAGGAGGCCUGGGCCAGCCUCCUUGUCUUCAUCGCGCUCUUCUUGCUCAGCGUGAGCUAUGGCGCCGCCGUCAGCCUCUGCAAGGUGAAGUGGGUCCUGACCGUCAUCCUCCAGGGCCAGCCCCAGGCCUCCCGAGACUACACCAGCGCCGCUCAGCGCCCGCUGCCUCCUGUGGGUGAAACCAGCCCCAGCAUCUUCCCGCUGAGCCUUGAGAAUGAAGACCCGGCCGGGCAGGUGGUCAUCGGCUGCCUGGUCCAGGGCUUCUUCCCAUCGGUGCCCUUGAACGUGACCUGGAACCAGAGUGGCAAUGACGUGUCCGUCAAGAACUUCCCUGCCGUGCUGACCGGGAGUCUGUAUACCAUGAGCAGCCAGCUCACCUUGCCGGCCAGCCUGUGCCCAAAUGAGAAGUCGUCCGUUAUCUGCCAAGUGCAGCACCUCUCCAAAGCCAGCCAGACUGUGACCGUGCCCUGCAAAGAGGGCUCACGGGCCUGCCCCGCCUCUCUUUCAGCUCCAACUGUGUGGUGUCCGAGCUGCGAGCUCAGCCUGUCCCUGCACCCACCCGCCCUCGAGGAUCUGCUCCUGGGCUCCAACGCCAGCCUCACGUGCACACUGCACGGCCUGAGAAGCGCCGAGGGUGCCAGCUUCACCUGGAGCCCGACAGGUGGGAAGACCGCCGUCCUGGGGCCGCCCCAGCGCGACUCCUGCGGCUGCUACAGCGUGUCCAGCGUCCUGCCGGGCUGUGCCGAUCCCUGGAACAGCGGACAGACUUUCUCCUGCUCUGCCACCCACCCCGAGUCCAAGAGCUCACUGACCGCCACCAUCAGGAAAAACAUAGGGAACACGUUCCGGCCUCAGGUCCACCUACUGCCGCCGCCGUCGGAGGAGUUGGCCCUUAACGAGCUGGUGACGCUGACGUGCCUGGUGCGGGGAUUCAGCCCCAAGGACGUGCUGGUGCGCUGGCUGCAGGGGAAUCAAGAGCUGCCCCGCGAGAAGUAUGUGACCUGGGACCCCCUGCCUGAGCCUGGCCAGACCGUCGCCACCUUCACCGUGACCAGCGUGCUACGCGUGGAUGCUGAGGUCUGGAAGCAGGGAGACACCUUCUCCUGCAUGGUGGGCCACGAGGCCCUGCCCCUGGCCUUCACCCAGAAGACCAUCGACCGCCUGGCGGAACCUCAGCCCUGGUUGGUGCUGGACCUGAUGCAGGAUGGCCCCGAGGAGGACAGCCCAGAGGCCAGCCUGUGGCCCACAACCGUCACCCUGCUCACCCUCUUUCUGCUGAGCCUCUUCUAUAGCACAGCACUGACUGUGACGAGCAUCCGGGCCACACCGGACAGCCGGGAGCACCAGUGUCACUGUGGGGGCCCAGCGUCCCUGAAUUCUCCAAACGCUGCCCUCAGUGGUCACUCGGUACGGGUGCAGCCAGCUCAGUCCCCGAUGACCCGGGGCCGUGGAGUGACCGAGUACUGCCAGAUCGGCGGGCUCGCGCUAUGGACGGACGAGACCCGUCGUCCUGGGGUCCGGCCUUGCAGCUGGGACUUUGGGCCGUAUGGACGGGCCCCUUUGCGGAGGGGUCCAGGCGGCCGGGGGGUGGGCGUGGGGAGUCACCCUACCCUUCGCAGGGACCGGGCUGGCCGUCCCUGCCUGGCCGUCCAGGGAGGGGGCGGUGAGCAGCAAGGGGCAGCGAGAGUGGCCUGGGUCCCUUCAGUCCGCAACCAGCAAAAGCCCCCCAGCUGCCCGACGCCUGGGGGCACUGGAGAGGCCCAACCCGCUGCGCGUCUAGCUGCGCAUCUAGCUGCGCAUCUAGGCUGGCGGCACGCGGCGAGCCCGGGCAGCAGGGAGGCGGAGCCGGAGCGGCGGGCUACCCCGCGGCCCGGGACCCUCCCCGCCCCUCGGGCUCCCCGGCUGCAGAGCCAGGUCCCCCGUGUCCGCCUCCCUGCGGCGGCGGCGGCGGGUGGUGGGGGAGUGGCCGCGGAGCAAAGCCCACCCUCCCCGGUCACCAGAAGCAACGCCCCUCUGCGCCAGCCCUGCUCGUGGCCGAGUCCCAGCGUCACGUCUCUGCAGAAGUCCUCCCGGAUCUCCCCUGCAGGCCACGGCCCACGCCCAGGUCUGCGUGCGACCUCUCAGGUGAGGAACCGGCAUUCUGCGGUCGGCCCGCCAGUCAUCCCGGGCACUUCCCCACCAAGUGAGCGCCAACACCGAGCUGCCCCCAUUAAGAGCAAAGGUCCCCGAGGGGGCGGGAAGUCCUGGAUUCGCCAUCCGCUGCGUCAGACCGUUCCUGAUGUCCUCCGGUUUCUGCCUCAUUUCAUAGAAAAUGGAUAA